CCAUUCAGUGCCAGCAGACGGACAGCAACACAACCCUGGAAUCUCUCUGCUACUCCAACACAACUCAGAAUCAGACGACUCACUGGCACGAGAGAGAGAGAGCACGUGCUGAAACCCCGUCAAAACCAAAUUAAGAGCCCUCUGAAAGCAAGGUGACCCUAUUCUUGGUGAGAAACGGGCAAGAAAAUAUCCAUUCCAAAUGCAUCUCUCAUUGCUUGAUAGAAUAAUGAUUAUUAAAAGCGUUCAAACAAGCAUUCAAGCAAUAUGAUCUUAUCAUGCCUGAUGUACAAAUCGUGAUGACGAGGCAGAUUGUAAAACUGCAUUUUUUGUGAACCGCUUGUUGAAGAAAAGGGGGCAGAGACUUUUUUGAAGGACGACUUCAGUUGCAACAGAGAAACAGGAAGAAGAUGGAUUUGACAUUUGCAAGCAAAUUCGACUGCUCAAAUGCUCAAUUUUUCUUUCCUCUAAAAAUGACCUGCACAAGAGAUGGCUGCACACUUUCAUGUAUAUUAUAUUUCAGUGAUGGCUCCACCCAAUUUUUGAGUUCCUGCUGCAGGAGUUUAUGCCGUAUAUAUGCUGUACAGCUGUGAAGGAACUUGAACUGCUGACUUCUUUCUUCAUGACAGUGAGUUGUAAUGGAUGCAGACCUGUCUAAAUGUCAUCAGAUUGUAUUUCCAUAAUGGAAUAUUUAUUUUGGGCUCUAGAGGAAUUUCUAGACCACUAGAGAGUAGGAAAUAUCUGGCAUUUCUUAAUGAAUGAUUGUGCGUGAAGAAACUUGUCCUCAAUUAAACUGUCAGCCUUAGACAAUCAUGAUGCAGAAAGUUGUAGGUAAUAUAUGAAAGUCUGCAGAAGAUGGCUGUGACACCACCUCCUGAAAUCACCAUAGCUGAGCCCAUUUCCAUUCCAAUCCUGAAUGUUCUCCCACCAUCGUCUGAUACGGAGUCGUGGUCCUGCUCCCCAAGCCCACGGCCACACCGGUACCACUCUCGCAGCCGAAACCGAGAGAAGAGAAGAGCCAAAGUGCCUCAAGAGGACAUAUCAAAGAAUCGUUGGGAUAAAGGGCAAGGAAAACGAGAUGGAAGCCAAAGCCCAUCACGUGCAUCUCCAUCGCCUCCGAUGGUUUCUAAUGUAGAAGAGGAAGAGCAGGGCAGCCCCUCCGUGUUUCUCCUACCCCCAUCCCGCUCACGGUCACGGAGCAACUCCCUAAGCAGGCGCUCUCGCUGGUCUCUCCGUAGCCUUCUCAGCAAGGACUCAGAUUGUGACAGCAGCAGUACAGCCAGUAACUCUCCACGCAGUACUCCCGGCAGCUCGCCCUCCCUGCGUCGCCGUGUGCUGGGAGGAAGAGCCAGUGAAGGGGAGACAGGCGGGGACAGAAGCGGAGGGGGUUCAGAGAGCCCCCUGCCUCCCACUCCCUCCUCAUCCACCUCCUCAUACCCGCUUGCGGCCCGACACUUCACCCGUAAUGCCAAGAAAAUGCAGAGCUGGUAUAAUGUUCUGAGCCCUACGUACAAACAGAGGAAUGAAGACUUCCGUAAACUCUUUAAAAAGCUGCCUGAUACAGAGCGUCUCAUAGUGGACUACUCUUGUGCACUGCAGAGGGACAUUCUACUCCAGGGCCGUCUCUACCUGUCUGAGAACUGGCUCUGCUUCUAUAGUAAUAUCUUCCGAUGGGAGACUACGAUAACCAUACUGCUGAAAGAUGUGACCAGUCUGACCAAGGAGAAGACAGCCAAGCUCAUCCCUAACGCCAUCCAGAUAAGCACUGAACAUGAGAAGCACUUCUUCACAUCAUUUGGGGCAAGGGAUCGCAGCUACAUGAUGAUCUUCAGACUUUGGCAGAAUGCACUGAUGGAUAAGACUCUGUCUCCUAAAGAGCUAUGGCACAUCGUUCACCAGUGUUACGGGACUGAGCUGGGGCUCACUAGUGAAGAUGAUGACUACGUCUCCCCUACUGCUGAACAUAUGAAUGGCCUGCUGCCAGGCGAGGAGCCGGUCUCCGUCACUGACCUGCUGGAUCUGGGAUCAGUGCCGGUGGCUCCGGUGGACUCCUCUCCACCCUCAUCUGCCUCAGUUCUUCCCUGCGCUUCAGGAUCUUCACCUCCAUCCUCUUCUUCCUUUUCCUGCCAGCCUGUGGAGGUGCCGUCAAUUCGGACCAGCAUCGAGCCUGAGCCCAGUCCACCCAGCUCCCAGAGCUCACUGCUCCCCACCACAAACACUGGAACUUCCCCAUCCUCAACUACCUUGGAGGAAGGCGGGGACAGCCAAUCGGAAUCGGGCAAUCAGUUGCUUCAGUCUCCUCCCACUGUCCCGCACAGCCUGGGAAACCUCUCCUCACUGGAUAUGACCAAUGAUGAGGACCUCCCAACUGACCCCAGCAAUUCCUCUGACACUCAGGAAGAGAGUGAGGUGGAGUCCUUCUGUGCGGACCUCAGCGGCCGGCUGCAUAUCAACACAGUUGUUCACAUGAGCGUGGACAAGCUCCAUGACCUUCUGUUCUCAGACACUCACUUCAUACAGGACCUCUUCUCACAACGUCACUUCACUGAUCUUUCUGUGCACGAGUGGCAGCAGGACAGCAGCAGUGGGAACAGCAGUAGAGUUCUGAGUUACACUAUCGCCAUCAACAACCCGCUGGGCCCAAAAACUGCUCCUGUGGUAGAAACACAGACUCUCCACAAGAGCAGCACCCGGGGGGAGUGUUACGUGGUGGACUCAGAGGUCAUAACGUCAGGCAUCCCCUACCAGGACUACUUCUACACUGUACACAGAUACUGCCUCACCUCUGUCAACAAGCACAAGAGCCGCCUCAGGGUCUCGUCUGAUAUCUGCUACAGGAAGCAGCCGUGGAGUCUUGUGAAAGCUCUGAUAGAGAAGAACACUUGGAGUGGCAUUGAAGAGUAUUACAGACACAUGGAGAUGGAGGUGUGUAAGCUGGAGACGCUGUUACAGUCGGAGAUUUCUGUAGUGAGCACCGGGGAAGUGCCUUCUGCGGACUCUGCCAAGACGCCACCCGGCCUGCGCAGACGCAAACGCAACUGUCCCAGACGAGCAGGAGAGCGGGACAGAGAAAGAGAGGGAGUGGGAGGAGGAGCCGGGGAACGGGGCGACCGAGGAAUUGGAGGUGAAAGGAGAGAAGCUGGUGCUCAGUAUGUGAAAUUAGGGGAGAGGUGGCGUGGAGCCAGCAACAGCAACAAUAGCAUCUCCACCAUCCUGCUCAUCGUGAGCUUCAUGAUCUGUGUCAGUCUGGUGGUUCUGGUGGCUCUGAACAUGAUGCUGUUCUACAAGCUCUGGGCUCUCGAACGGGCCGCUCACACGCUGGAGACCUGGCACUCGUACUCUUUAACGGACAGUCCUCUGCCGCAGACAGCAGGAGAGUGGGUGCAGAUCCUGCAGCUCCAAAGGCAGUUCCACCAGGCCCAGAUGAACAAAUGGCAGCAGAUCUUGCAAUCUUCUGUCACACUUCUGGAUCAGAUGAAACAGUCUCUGGAGAAGCUCCACAGAGGAAUUAUCACACCAGAGACACUGGUCCCCGUGACGAGGGGCCAAAUCAUGGACGGGAGAUGGUGCUGAACUCAGUGACAUUAACAUUGGGAUUGCUGUGGGUAUAUUUUAUCUUACCCAAGUGUCCCAACAGCAGCUACAGGACUUUAUACUAGCUGUAUGAAACACAUUCAGCUCUUUUAUUAAUCGGAAUAUCAUGAACUCUGGGUCUGAAGCAAUAACACACAUGUACGGGAGCGUCGGUGACUUCAGCUGUGCUGCAUCUUGAGCCGUUUGGUCCUACUGCGUGUCUGAAAAAGCUGAACAUGAGCUUUUAUAAAACUGAAUUUCAUCAUGGACCUGUUAAAGAUUUCAAAGAGGGAAGUGUCUGAAAUCAGCCUCCGAGAGACCUCUCAGCUGAUCAUUUCACAAAUGUUAUUUUAAUGUUUUCAUGGAAGAGAAAUUUCGAUGUUCUCUUCUGUUGUGUUACUGUUUUGCUGAUUUCAGAGCUGUGCUUAUUUAACAGUAUUUAUUUAAUAGACUUGAAUUACAGUCUAACGUCAUUGUGUGUUUCUGCUCAAACCAGGACCAGUGUGGAAAUGGGUGGAACGUGUGGUAUUAAUAUGAAUUCCCAUUUUAGCAAUAAUCAUGUGGAAAAAUUGUUAAGACGAUUAGAAGUUAAUUAUAAAGAAAGAAUGCAAAAAAAAAAAAGUAAAAUGUGGAACUGUUACAUUGGGUUGAGUUCCAGAGUGAAGAUUGUUUUUACACACUGUUACAAUUUUAACCAUUUCUUCUUUCUCCCUAAUAUUUCACUUUUGUUUUAAAUCCCUGUGUAUUUAUGACUUAGUGGUGAAAUGAGCUCUUUUGUGUAGGUGAGGUGUCGAGUUUCACUGGAAUCAAACUUGAACUGUUCAGGGUUACUAUUAGCUUGAACAGCUGAACGUGCACACAGAUGGAAGAACGUUUGGGACCAACCAGAACUCAAGGUCAGGAGGACUAUUGUGAGUUCACACAACACUAGGCCAGUCUCAUACAGAACACGUCUGUGUGUUUCACCUCAAAAUCAAAAGAAAAUAGAAAGAGAUUAGAUUUUUCUUUUUUAUUUUAGUUUUGUUUGCAUUGUGCCAGUUUCAUGGCAGUUAAGCACCCCUCACAAUUUUUAUGUUUUAUUAAUUUUGUCUAUGAUUUUCGCUUAUGUAAUAUUGAAAAUUAUCCUGUGCAGACCAUUAUUAUUUUACAUUAAAAUUAGCAUCAUUUAGAAACUAUAAAACAAAUACUGUCAGGUGGUAUAAAUAAAGUAUAUUAUUUUAUUAUCCUCAAUAAUGGGAAUUGAAAUAAAAAUGUCACAAUGCAGAAAAAAAGUAUUGAUUUUAAUCUAACAUAUGAUAUGCAUGUUCUUUGUGAGAUUCACCAAGAGGCUACGAGUUGGAUUUUAUUUUUAUUUUUUUUUUCAUCAGUUUCAUUUGGACAGUCUGUUACUGAUGUCCCCUGUCAAGCCAUUUCAUUUCUGUCCCUGUAUUUGUGGCCUCACUCUGUCGUGCCCUUCAGCCUCGGUGAUCUCUCCCUCCUCUGAGUGUGUUAUCGGGUCUGUCUGUCGUCUGUCUGUCUGUCUGCGGGCGCUGCUGUGCAAAGCCCUUACUGAGUGAUGAAAGCGUGUGCUAUUUAUUCGGGUCAGGGAGGGAGAGAGUGAAGGUGGGAUGUGUCGUAUAGACACAAUUGUAAAGGCGACUUGUGACAGUCACAAAUGUUUAAUAAAAAAUGGCAAAAAAAUUAAAAA